AUGUUCAAGUUCUCCACCCUUCUCGGGCUCGUCGCUCUCGUACCGGCUUUCACUCUCGCUGUUGGAGAGUGGGGACAAUGCGGUGGCAUUAACUACACUGGUUCUACCACUUGUGAUGCUGGAUUGGUCUGCAAUGUGAUCAACGAUUAUUAUCACCAGUGCCUCCGCGGUGGAACUGUCGCACCUCCAACGUCCUCGUCAUCCUCAUCUGGACCCUCAGUACCCCCGACCUCAACCAGCACUUCCUCCGGUCCUCAGCCCACCCCAGACGCAGGCAACCCCUACAUUGGCUACGACAUCUAUCUCAGCCCUUACUACGCUGAUGAAGUUGCCGCUGCCGUCUCCGCCAUUAGCAACCCUGCCCUCGCUGCUAAGGCUGCCUCAGUCGCCAACAUCCCCACCUUCAUUUGGUUCGACGUCGUCGCCAAGGUCCCCACUUUGGGCACGUACUUGGCUGAUGCCCUCUCCAUUCAACAAAGUACUGGCCGCAACCAAUUGGUCCAAAUUGUCGUUUACGACCUGCCCGACCGUGACUGCGCCGCUUUGGCUUCCAAUGGUGAAUUUUCCAUUGCCAACAACGGUCUCGCCAACUACAAGAACUACGUCGACCAGAUUGUUGCCCAGAUCGCCCGUACGUGUUGCCCCCUUGUUACUUCUGCUAUUACUGAUCUAGCUUGCCUCUCAGAGUACCCUCAAAUCCGCGUUGUUGCUGUUGUCGAACCCGAUUCAUUGGCCAACAUGGUCACCAACUUGAACGUUGCUAAGUGUGCCGGUGCACAGGCCGCUUAUACCGAGGGUGUCACCUAUGCUCUCCAGAAACUCAACACUGUCGGUGUCUACUCCUACGUCGAUGCUGGCCACGCUGGAUGGCUCGGAUGGCCCGCCAACUUGGGCCCCGCUGCUCAAUUGUUCGCUAACCUCUACACUAACGCCGGAUCCCCCUCCUUCUUCCGUGGUCUCGCUACCAACGUUGCCAACUACAACCUCUUGAACGCUCCUUCCCCGGACCCAGUUACCAGUCCCAAUGCCAACUACGAUGAGAUCCACUACAUCAACGCCCUCGCUCCUGAACUCUCUUCCCGUGGCUUCCCCGCUCACUUCAUCGUCGACCAAGGUCGGUCUGCUGUCCAAGGCAUCCGCGGAGCUUGGGGUGACUGGUGCAACGUCGACAACGCCGGGUUCGGUACUCGCCCCACCACCAGCACUGGCUCCUCGCUCAUCGAUGCCAUCGUCUGGGUCAAGCCUGGAGGAGAAUCCGAUGGAACCUCUGACACUUCCGCCGUUCGCUACGACGGUCACUGUGGUCUUGCCUCUGCCAAGAAGCCCGCUCCCGAAGCUGGUACCUGGUUCCAGGCUUACUUCGAAAUGCUGGUUGCCAACGCCGUCCCUGCUUUGUAA